UCAGAUUGAGCUGGCUACCAGUAUCAAAUAGAAUUUGCGCGCACUUCGAGCGUACGCGCAUCAGUUCUACAGUAAGUGACACAGUUCUUAAUUUGGAAUUUCAAAAAUGAAGUUCAGUUUUGUGCUAAUUGUUCUGGUCCUGUUGUACUGCACAGACGAUGUACGAGCCAGGCGAGGAAGGGCGCGCGCCAAAUCAAAAUCAAGGGUGCAACUUGGAAUGCCGAUAACUGGAAAAUAUCGUGAUUCCGAUUCGGAUCAGUACUACAACAAUAACAAUGGCGCAAAAAUUCUCCAAGCUUCGCAUUUCGAUUAUGAAUACGUUCUGGGACACAAAAUUGCUUUCCUUUGCGUUGCAAAAGGAAAGCCACGUCCUGAAAUCACUUGGCUGAAGGACGGUGCCGAAAUAUUUCAACAUUUGUACAUGCACGUGCACGAAUGGCGUAUCGGCGAAGAUAUGGUCAAAUCGAAAAUUGAAAUCGAUCCGGCAACACAAAUGGAUGCCGGCGUCUAUGAAUGCACCGCAGACAAUAUGUACGCAAUCGAUCGUAGAAGUUUCAAAACUGAUUUCUCCAUUGCCUUUGAUUAGGCUUUUAUAUCGCGCAUAUAGUCAGAGGCGAUUGAUAUGCCCGCCCAUGUAAACUCACAGAGAACAGCACAAAUAUAAUUCCAAUUUAAUCAACCCAA